AACUAUAGGUCGUUAUAGUGCACAGCAACUACAGUGCACAACGUUUACACGCACACAAUGAUAUGUAACGAUAUUGUAAUCUCCGUAAACUGUUCCCAUACAAAUACAUUGCUAUCAAUAUUAUAUUUUUGGCGUUAUCAGUGCGAUUUGUUUUCCGAUUUUCCUUUACAGGCACGUACUUACAUAUUUUUAAUCAUUGUACGCAUAUUCGAAAGUCUCACAGAGACUAAAAAUAGAUUCUUAUAAUCUCAAACGUUCGUAAAAUCACGUCAUUGGGAGUGGAUAGAUCAGCUGUAAUAAUUUCCGUUUAACCGGACGGGUACGAAAGGGUUAGUUGUACUUGACGCUCCGACGGUUAGUGGCCAAAAAUAGUUUUGAAAUUACUAUAGCGUCGUAUUAUUUGUAAAUUAUUCGUCUCGGAUUGUUAUAUGAAAAAAAUACGAUCGUCGGAUGGUUGGUUUGAAAAUCUAAGUAAAUAUCAUACGUCUACCGAUACUGUAGUAUAUUUUCAUGUCGAAGAAAAGUGUCGGCUUCGCGAUAUUCUCGUUCCGACGUGUCUGGACCACUUUUGUCACGUAUCAUUGUAGUAUACAUCUUAUCGUCGACCGUUUUCACGAUGAAACUGAAAGAAGACGUAAACGAACGGGAAAUGUGAUGGGGGUUGAAAAGAUCGUUGUGUGCAGUUGGGUAACUUAGGUAUGCGCGUUACACAAUGGUGGUGGAACUGGACGUGUGCGGGCCGCGGUGUGUGAUACGCACACGGUAGGUGGUUGAAAAUUGUCGGUGAAAAUUCGCAACAGGGUAGGAGCGCCAAAGGAGAGAGUGUGUGAGAGUGUCGGUGGGGAAGAGCCCGUGAGUGGUUACACUGGUGCGGUGGUUGCGCGGUGUGCGAAGGUCGCGCAGCAUUGGGCAUUGCGCGCAAUCGAAAAAAGAGAGAGAAGAGGAGAGAAAAAAAAUUAUAGUAGUUGAAUAUUAUUAUUACCAAACACAGGAAAGGAAUGCACACUACUACUACUACACAGCGGUAUACUAUAACACUGAUGCAGUGUAUGAUAUUAUUAUUGAAUACACGCGUUUUAUAGAGAGCGGGCCCCUGAGAGCAGAGCAGCUGCUCGUGUGCACACUGUCAUAUUAUAUAUUAUUAUUAUUUUAUAUUAUAUAUAUUAUAUUAUCGUCGGGAGGAUAUAGAGUCAUUAUUCCCAUUCCGAGUCCGGUCAUCGGGUCGUGCGGGCCGCCGUCAUCGUUUCACAAAACCGCCAGUCGGCAGUGCGUGCGCGUCCGUCCGUCGUCGUCGUCCGUCCGUUCGGUUCACUUCUCUUCUACGUCCGCGUGCGUCGUCUCCGUACCUAUGGUUUCCAACAAGCGCCGCCCGCAGGCGCGAUAACACCGACGACAACGAUAAUAAUAUUAUUGUUGCUUUAAUAAUAUUAUUAUUAUCAUAUCCCGAAGCCCGGACAAUAAUUAAAUACGCGCAACGCUUUUCUUCCCGUCCGAAUUCGCACGCGCGCGCGCGCUCGCACCCGGUGCACACCGGAGGCGGCGCCCUCGUCUUGUGCCACGGAGGAGACGCGUAUGCCCGACGUCGCGAGGAGUUUUUCUUAUUAUUUUUUUUUUAACGGCUGCCGUCGGCGAAUUUCAUUGUAAAAUCAAUAUUAUGUCGUGUGGAAACUCGGACGAUGAGUUCCGCCAACGGCUGCUGUUGUAGUAGUAGUAACUAGUGUAACGGCAGCGAUUGCACGGCGGUGGGGUGUACUUUUCUCGCCGUCCGACCCCCCUCCCCUCCUGCCGACACAUCUUCCCCGUCACCGACCGCCACCGCCGACUCCACCUCCACCCUACUCCCCCCGGCCCAUGGAAGAGGCGCAGAGUUCAUAUUGUUGCGUCGCCAGUGCAUAUGUCGUGUUACCUCGUGCCGCUGCCACCGCCGCCUUCGCCGUCGUCGUCAGCAGCAGCAGCGACCGGUGCGCAUUUAUCGAUGAUGAUGUGUUCCCAAGGUGCUAGCGUCAAAAUGGAGCAUCACUUCCAAGCUGCGCUGGAUCCACGUAAACAGGAAUUACUGGAAGCCAGGUUCAUCGGCGCACGAAUGUCAGCCGGGACUCAGCUGCAGAUGGCUCCGCAGUCUGGCCCAAUGCACCUACCACACCCUCAACCGGGGAGUACUAUUCAUAGCCAAGACUCGAAUAUGAGUACAGGUUCGUCGCACAGCGACAAGGAGCAGGACACUCCGGAGAAAGCCAACUCUAUCACCCGCACGCCUACCGAGCGCAAGCGCAAGCGGAAAAUAGACGACAUAGCCAGCAACAAGCAGCAGCAGCAGCAGCAGCAGCCGCAGCCGCCAAACAUGGUGGUCGGGGGGCCCCCUCCGCCACCGCCUAGGUCGGUUGCCGACACCAAGAAGAUAAAUGACUACUUCACCAAGCACGGUUCCCAUCCCGUGUCCAACCCGAUUAGACACGGCGGGGCGAAGUCACCGUCGCCAGGCGGACCUCCACAACAAGGUUACCCCAUGUUUAAUCCAUCGAGUGGGCCUCAAGCAUUGAGUCCCGUACUACCUCCGGACUAUGUUUCCAUACUCCACCCACCUAGGAUUAACUCUAGUUCCAUUACAAAAUGUAUACAGACUGAUUUAACGAGUCAUGCAAUCCAAGAGUUUGAAUGUCAGGCUUCUUCGGAUUUGGAACUCAGAAAUAAUAAAAUUGAUGAUUUGAAUAGGACAAAUGAAGAACUGAAACACCAAUUAAGCAGUCAACAGAAAACAAUCGAACAGCACAAGUCGCAUAUAAAUAAGUGCAUAGAUGUGGUAAAGAAGCUGUUGAAAGAAAAGUCUAAUAUUGAAAAAAAAGAAGCGAGACAACGGUGUAUGCAGAACAGACUUCGGCUUGGCCAGUUUGUAACGCAAAGGGUUGGUGCGCAAUUCCAAGAAAAUUGGACUGAUGGCUAUGCAUUUCAAGAAUUGUCCAGAAGACAAGAAGAAAUAACAUCAGAAAGAGAAGAGAUUGACCGACAAAAAAAGAUGCUAGUCAAAAAACGGCCAUCAAAUAGCGAAACUGGUGGACGUAAACGAGCUAGCAGUCAGUCGGGUACAGGAAGUAGUUGUUCGACUACUAACAGCGUACCAAUCAAUUCAACACCCUCUGUUACGCCACCCAUAACGCUACCCAGCGCAAGUAUCAACAAUAACCAAGUGACUGGUGCUACAACAGGCACGGUCUUGCACAACGGCACUGUAGCCCCAUCGUCCGCAUUGGACACAGCAACGUUCCUAAAGCCAGAAGCUGUUCCAGGUUUAUCGUGGCAAGAGUAUUAUGAAGCAGAUGAGAUACUCAAGUUGCGACAGUCAGCAUUGAAAAAAGAAGAUGCUGAUUUGCAGCUGGAAAUGGAGAAGUUGGAGCGAGAGAGAAAUUUACACAUAAGGGAACUGAAGAGGAUUCACAAUGAAGACCAAUCUAGGUUCAACAAUCACCCCGUGUUAAAUGACCGUUAUUUGUUGCUCAUGUUGUUGGGAAAAGGUGGCUUCAGUGAAGUCCACAAAGCGUUUGAUCUAAAAGAACAACGUUAUGUAGCAUGUAAGGUUCACCAACUGAAUAAAGACUGGAAAGAGGAUAAAAAGGCUAAUUAUAUAAAGCAUGCACUGCGAGAGUACAAUAUUCAUAAAUCUUUGGACCAUCCAAGGGUUGUUAAAUUGUACGAUGUGUUUGAAAUAGAUGCAAAUUCGUUUUGCACUGUACUUGAAUAUUGUGAUGGACACGAUUUAGAUUUUUAUUUAAAACAGCACAAGACGAUAGCAGAACGAGAAGCUAGAUCAAUAGUUAUGCAAGUGGUGUCUGCACUUAAAUAUUUGAAUGAGAUCAAACCUCCUGUGAUACAUUACGAUUUAAAACCUGGAAAUAUAUUACUUACUGAAGGAAAUGUCUGUGGUGAAAUAAAAAUCACAGAUUUUGGCCUUAGUAAAGUUAUGGAUGAGGAAAACUAUAAUCCAGAUCAUGGAAUGGACCUAACGUCACAGGGAGCUGGAACAUAUUGGUAUUUGCCACCAGAAUGUUUUGUAGUUGGUAAAAACCCACCUAAAAUAUCAUCUAAAGUGGACGUUUGGAGUGUUGGUGUAAUAUUUUACCAAUGUCUGUAUGGCAAAAAGCCUUUUGGUCAUAACCAAUCUCAAGCUACAAUUUUAGAAGAAAACACAAUAUUAAAGGCUACAGAAGUACAAUUUGCCAAUAAACCUACCGUCAGUAAUGAAGCAAAGAGCUUUAUCCGUUGCUGUUUAGCAUAUCGUAAAGAAGAUCGUAUUGAUGUGUUCACUUUAUCUAGGCAUGAAUACCUGCAACCACCAUUACCAAAACAUGGCCGUCAGUCGGCUAAUAAUCAACAACAGCAACAGCAGCAACAGCAACAGCAACAACAGCAGCAGCAACAAAUAUCAGCAGCUAAUUUUGCAUCCGGCAUGUUUGGUAACAUGAAUGCAUCUAGUUCGUCCUAAGACCAAGAUAUAGUUAAUAAUAAAUACUAAAUAAUUAUAAAUAAUAUAAUGUGAACGGACAAUAUAUAAAACACGCCUUGUGCCAUUUGGAUUAAAUUAUUUGACCAAAUAAAAAAUGGUGUUCACAAACGGCCUUAGGAAAUUUUAAUUGAGUGAUCAUUAUUAUUAUAUUAUUAUAUGAAUGUACUAGUCAAAUCGUUUUUGUCACUGCUGCAAAUGAGUUCCUGAGUACAUUUAUGAUGUUUAUGUUUUACUAUUACCUAAAUAAAAAAUAGUGAUAAUUGUUCGAGAAUCACCUGAUUCUUGCGGACAAUAAUUUAACUGUACUCUGUACACAUUAAUAAUUACACUACAAAAGUAAGAUUAGUUGUUUAUUAAAAAAAUGUGAAAAAGAAUGAAAGCUUUAAUUUAUAAACUAUUUCUGCGAAUACCUAAUAUGUUAGAUUUCAUUAUAAUGAUAUAAUUGUCCCAUCAUCACAAUUUAUUUUUAUUUUUUGCUUUGUACAGUUUCACCAUUUUAUUUUUUGUAUAUAUAUCUGUAUAAAUAUAUUUGUACAUACAUACUGAUUUUUUUUUGUAAAUGACAUGUGAAUUCGAUUUAAGAAUUUUGAGGAUAAAAUGUUAUUUAGUUUGUUUAUUGUUAACACAAAAAUGUUUAUUUUGUUGUGAUAAAAAAAAAAAAUACGCAAAAAGAAGUUGUGGAGAAAAAGAAAUAUUAAUAUGAUAAUAAUAAUAGUUUUUCCUUAACAUUUGGAAAAAUUAAAAGGCGGUUUUUUUUCGAGCCAAUGAGACUUUAUAAUUAUUAUUUUAGACACACUAGAUUUGUUGUAAGGUUUAUUACUAUCUUUAGUAAUAACAAACAUUGUAUAAUUAUUAUUGAUACUAUUAUUAUUACUAUUAUAAAAAUAAAAGAAAAAUGAAUUUAAAAAAAAAAGAA